CAGCGAUAUGUAGUCAAAUCGAAUUCUCACAAUUCACGGCAUCCCGGUGAUGUAGGAAUUGAGCAAUAAUUCAGCACCGGCUACAUGGGAAACUGCGAACUGGCUGACUACAGCUCUAUGUAACAAGGCAGACGGCCCGGGCGUUUUGGUCUGUGGUAAAUUCAACUUUGAGAAGCUCUAUUUUCUCGAAGGCCCACCCAUCACUUUGCGUUAAUCAUGCAAAACAUCACCGCAUCUCAGUUUGACCCCGUUGUGGACAGCGUCCAACGUCUAUUCAGCAACAGAACGUACUUGGAUCUUUUUGUUGUUGGUUUUACCAUUGCGAUCACUGCGCUCAUUCGCUAUGCAUCCGCGAGCAAUGGUCUGAAGCUUCCACCUGGUCCAGCGCCGUCUUUUAUCGUCGGAAACAUGAACGACAUCCCUGUAUAUGAGGAAUGGCACACCUUGAAUCAAUGGGCUAAGCGAUUCGGAGAAAUUGUUUAUCUACGUGUUUUCGGGACCAAAAUGCUUGUCAUUGGGUCGUAUCGAGUUGCAAAUGAACUCCUCGACAAACGCGGUGCAAUUUACUCUGACAGACCCAUUACUCCUCCUAUGAUGGAAAUGGCUGGAUUCGCAAACUCUCUGACCGUUAUGGGGAACAACGCCGACUAUCGUCUUCGCCGCAGGCUUUUUGAACAGCACUUCCGGUAUUCCGUCAUCGAUCGCCAUCAGCCCACUCAAAUCAGAGAAACUCACAAGCUAUUGAGGAAAUACAUCGAGGCGCCUGAAAAUUGGCUACUUGAUACCAAGUAUACUAUUGGCGCUAUCAUUCUCGACAUUGUCUAUGGUUACCGGGUCACUUCUGAUCGCGACGAAUGGGUUGAAAUUGGGGAACGAGCCGGCACAAACUUCCAGAGGUCAGUCAAGCCUGGUGCCUGGGCAGUGGAUGUCCUACCUUUCUUGCGUUAUGUUCCUACUUGGUUCCCUUUCACCGGAUGGAAGACGUUUGCGCUUGACUCGACUGAACGGAGGAAGAUUCAAGUUGAUGGCGCAUUUGAAUUGGUUAAGAAAGCAAUGAAAGAGGGCACCGCACAUCCGAGCAUGGUCUCGCGUUACUUGGAGGAAAAUGAAAACGGCGGUGACAUUCCGGAGGUAGCUAUAAUGGACAUGGCGUCUGAUGCUUAUGGAGGUGGUGUUGAAACGACUCUGUCUUCUAUCUAUGGAUUCCUCCUUCAAAUGACUAAACACCGUUCCAUCCAACAAAAAGCUCAGGCAGAACUCGAUCGUGUCUGCCCGGAUCGCCUUCCUACAUUUGAUGAUCGCAAGAACCUUCCUUAUAUUGAAGCAAUAGCGAUUGAAGUAGGUCGUUGGCAUCCGGGUGUUCCUCAAGGUAUCGCGCAUCGACUCGAGAAGGAUGAUGAAUUCGAGGGACAAUUCCUGCCUAAAGGGAGCUUAGUAAUUCCAAAUAUUUGGGGAAUGUGCCACGAUGAAGGCACUUAUAAGUCUGCCGACGUUUUCGAUCCUGACCGUUUCAUGAAUGCAGCAGGGGAUGCAAUAAACACUUCGAUACAUGAUCCCCGUCAGAUGGUCUUUGGCUUUGGACGUCGUCAAUGCCCUGGACGUGCUUUUGCUGAAUCUCAACUCUUUUUCACCAUGGCGCUGAUUCUCAAGGUUUUCAACGUGCUUCCUCCUCUCGAUGCGGAAGGUAAAGAGAUCAUGCAACCUGAUGCAUACAGGUCUGGAAUUGUCAGCGUUCCCAAGCCAUUCUCCUGUCGCAUCGUCCCAAGGUCAAAUGCUAUGGCUGAGCUUGUGAGGCAGACCGAGUGAAGGAGUGGCUCUUGCGUAGUAUUAUGUAAACGACAUUAGAAUUUGGGAUUAGUCAGGAUUAGUUUACUUUUUGCACACGAUAUACAUAGUUACAGUACUCGAACA